AUGGACAGCGUCGGAACCAAAGGGACCAAAGGGGAUCCUCCGCCUCCACCUCCGUCGGCGGUGGGCACCGGAGCCGUAGGGGAUCUUCUUCCUCCUCCUCCUCCUCUGCCAUUGACACCGGGCGCCGGAGAUGCACGGGAUCCUCCUCCACCGCCGCAGUCGGUGGUGGGCGCCGAAACCACAUGGGAUCCUCCUCCACCGCCGCAGUCGGCGGUGGGGGCUGAAGCCGCACGGGAUCCUCCACCUCCAUCAUCAGCGGCCGCCGCCGAUGAGCCACAGGGCGCACGCGUCGUGAGAGAGAUCCUGCGCUCGGAGGGGCUAAGAGAGGGGGAUUACGAGCCGGCUGUGGUGGAUCAGUUCUUGAUGUUCACCUACCGCUACACCGGCGGUUUGCUCCGCGAUGCACUGGACUACGCGAAUCACGCCGACAGGGAGACGCUCCAAGCCGACGACGUCCACCUCGCCAUUCAGUCGAACGCCAUCUUCUCCGGCGGGCCACCGGGCCGUGAGGUUAUGCUUGACAUCGCACGUAGCCAAAACUUAAUCCCUCUACCGCCCAGUGCUCCUCCUCAUCCUGACAUGCUAUUUGGAGAAAACCAUGAGUAUUUGGAGCCAGGAUCUGAUCAUGUUGACAAUGAUAAAAUCUCGGGUCUUGAAUUUGCUUCGCUGGAUUGCAACAAUAGAGAGCGAAGCUGUCAAAAUAUAUUUGAUCUUGAAGUUGCUUCGCUCAAUUACAACAAUAGAGAGCAAAGUGGUCAAAAUGUCUCAGGUCAUGAAGUUGCUUCGCUUGAUUGGAUCAAUAGAGAGCAAAGUGGUAAACAUAUUUUUGAUCUUGAAGUUGCUUCGCUAAAGUUCAAGAAUGGAGAGGCAAGUGGUCAAAAUAUCUCCGGUCUUGAAGACAUUUUGUCCAAUUGCAACAGUGGAGAGCAACAUGGUCAAAAUAAGAAGCAACACUCAAAGAAAAAUUAUUCAAAAGUCAGUUCUACGUCGGUCCUUCAAAUUACUUCUCUGGAUUGUAACAAUGAAGAUCAAACUGUUUGCAAUAAGAAUAGACACUCUGAGAAGAAAUCUUCAACACUCAAUGCUACAUCUGCUAUUGAGGUUGGUUCUCUCAAUUGCAACAAUGAAGAGCAAAAUGGUAGCAAUAGUAAGCCACCCUCGAGCUUGAAGAAGAAUUCUUCAAUAAAUGCUAUGACCACUCUGAAAGUUCCUUCUCUCAACUGCAAUAAUGAAGAUCAGAGUAGUAGCAGUAAGACGCAGUUCUUUGAGAAUAUUUCUUCUCAACUCAAUGACAUGCCUACUCUUGAAGUUGGUCAUCUAAAUUGCAACUCUAAAGGGCACGGUGGUAACAAUAAGAAGCAGAGUUCUGAGAAUAUUUCUUCAGGUAUGAAUGUUAUGGCUACUCAAGAAGUUGUUUAUCUCAAUUGCAACAAUCAAGAGCAAAGUGGUAAAAAUAAGAAGCAACGCUCUAAGAAGAGUUCUUCAAAAGUUAAUGACACAACUUCUCUUGAAGUUGCUUCUCUCAAUUGCAACAAUCAAGAGCAAAAUGGUAGCAAUAAGAAGCCACGCUCGAGCUUGAAGAAGAAUCCUUCAAUCAAUGCUAUGACCACUCUAAAAGUUUCUUCUCUCAACUGCAAUAACGAAGAUCAGAGUGGUAGCAGUAAGAAGCAGUGCUUUGAGAAUAUUUCUUCUCAACUCAAUGAAUGGCCUACUCUUGAAGUUGGUCAUCUAAAUUGCAACUCUGAAGGGCACGGUGGUAACAAUAAGAAGCAGAACUCUGCGAAUAUUUCUUCGGGUCUGAAUGUUAUGGAUACCCAAGAAGUUGUUUAUCUCAACUGCAAUAAUCAAGAGCAAAGUGGUGAAAAUAAGAAGCAGCGUUCUAAGAAGAGUUCUUUAAAAGUUAAUGCUACAACUGCUCUUGAAAUUGCUUCUCUCAGUUGCAACAAUCAAGAGCAAAAUGGUAACAAUAAGAAGCGACGCUCGAGCUUGGAGAAGAAUUCUUCAACCAAUGCUAUGACUACUCUGAAAGUUCCUUCUCUGAACUAUAAUAGGGAAGAUCAGAGUGGUACUAGUAAGAAGCAAUUCUUUGAGAAUAUUUCUUCGAAAGUUAAUGACAUGUCUACUCUUGAAGUUGGCCGUGGCAAUUGCAACUCUGAAGGGCAGAGUGGUAACAAUAAGAAUCAGGGGUCUCAGAAUAUUUAUUUGGGUCCAAAAGUUAUGGCUACUCAAGAAGUUGUUUACCUGAGUUGCAACAAUCAAGAGCAAAGUGGUAAAAAUAAGAAGCAACGUUCUAGGAAGAGUUCUUCAAAAGUUAAUCCUACAACUGCUCUUGAAGUUGCUCCUCUCGGUUGCAACAAUCAAGAGCAAAAUGGUAACUGUAAGAAGAAGCGCGGUAAGAGGAAUUAUUCAAAACUCAGUGGAAUGGCUACUCUUCAAGUUGACCCUCUCAACUACAAUAAUGAAGAGCAGAGCACUAGCAAUAAUAAGAAGCAAUGCUUUGAGAAGAUUCCUUCAAAAUUUGAUGAAGAGAAGAGUGAUAGAAAUAAGAACAAAUGCCCUGAGAAGAUUUAUUCAUCCAAUGACAUGUCUACUCUUGAAGUUGGCUUUCUCAACAACAACAACUCUGAAGGACAGAGUGAUAGCGGUAAGAAGCAGGAACCCGAGAAGUUUUCUUCAAAGCUGAAUGGUGUGGGUAGUCAUGAAGUUUUCUCUCUCAAUUGCAACAAUCAAGAGCAGAGUGGUAAAAAUAAGAAGCAACACUGUAAGAAGAGUUCUUCAAAAGUUAAUGCUACAACUGCUCUUAUAGUUGCUUCUGUCAAUUGCAACAAUUAG